UGUACAUGCUGCUCGCCAACUUCUCCUUCCUGGAGAUCUGAGGUGCUCUGAGUGGACUUGGAUUCUGAUUAGAUCUCACGCCAUCCCAAAACAGGAUCUGGAAAAGGUUAAUAUUUUCUACUCUACUGGGAAGCAAAGGCAGGAAACAUCAGAGUCUCCAGAGGAAGCAGGCCCCUGAGGAAGGAAGGAACUAGAACAGAAUAAUCUCCUGACACUAUCCACCUUUCACAAGUGCAGGCACGGAGAGAUGUUCACCUAUUUCUACUGCUUCACUCCUUGAUGGUUACUGCAAAGAACACCACUUCUCUCCAGGAACAUCCGACCUUGUCAAAGGAACUCCAGGUUUGGACUCGCAUGAAAGGAGAUGAUGCAACAUUUAGAGGAGAAACUCAAAGACCCAUGAAAAUCUCCAGCACGCCCAACAACUUCAGCAUCAUCACUGACUUCAUCCUCCUGGGCUUCCCUUGCCCCAGGGAAGGGCAGAUCCUCCUCUUUCUCCUCUUCCUUACCGUCUACCUCCUGACCCUCAUGGGCAAUGGCUCCAUCAUCUGUGCUGUGCACUGGGAUCAGAGGCUCCACACACCCAUGUACAUGCUGCUCGCCAACUUCUCCUUCCUGGAGAUCUGGUAUGUCACCUCCACUGUCCCCAACAUGCUGGCCAACUUCCUCUCUGACACCAAGGUCAUCUCCUUCUCUGGCUGCUUUCUCCAAUUUUACUUUUUCUUCUCCUUGGGCUCUACAGAAUGCUUUUUCCUGGCUAUUAUGGCAUUUGAUCGAUAUCUUGCCAUCUGCCGGCCUCUGCACUAUCCAACCAUUAUGACUACACGUCUCUGCAACAAUCUUGUGGUCAGCUGCUGGGCACUUGGUUUCAUUUGGUUCUUGGUUCCCAUCAUCAUCAUCUCUCAAAUGUCCUUCUGUGGAUCCAGGAUUAUUGACCACUUCCUGUGUGAUCCAGGCCCUCUUCUAGCACUUACUUGCAAAAAAGUUCCUGUGAUAGAACUUGUCUUCUCCACUUUAAGUCCUCUGCCCCUUGUCAUUCCCUUUCUCUUCAUCAUGGGGUCCUAUGCUCUGGUUUUAAGAGCUGUAUUCAAAGUCCCUUCAGCAGCUGGACGAAGAAAGGCCUUUUCUACCUGUGGGUCUCAUCUGGCUGUGGUUUCUCUUUUCUAUGGCUCAGUACUGGUCAUGUAUGGGAGCCCAACAUCUGAGCAUGAAGCUGGAUCGCAGAAGAUUGUGACUCUAUUUUAUUCUGUUGUGACCCCACUCCUUAACCCUGUGAUAUAUAGUCUUAGGAACAAAGAUAUGAAAAAGGCCCUGCGGAAAUUUUUAGGAAUGUAGGAAGUGUUCAUCAAAAAGGUUCUUGACAAUUAGAAACCUAUUU